AUGCACGUCGUCUCGGCUCUGCGUCGCGCGCCGCCGGGCCGGUCGUACUUCUCGCGCUUCUCCUCGUUCACUAGCGCGAGCGGCCGGGUGCUGGUGGUCGCUCGCCACGAGCCCGAGACACCCAAGCCCCAAGAUCCCUUCAGCUUCUACUGCAACUUCCGCGACCCGGUCGACUGGCCCAAGGUGCUGAAAGAGAAGCUUGGGCUUCGACGGCUCCCGAAGGUCCUCAGUGUCGUCGACUCGCUCGGCGACGAGUCGGAUCCGGGCGUCGCGACGACCUUUACCGUCACGUUUGACGCGACCAAGGUUGAAGCUUGCGAUGCAGAGCUCGACGAGCACGUGCGUAUGUCGAACGCUCAACUCCGCGAUGCCAAGAAAGCCAUGGAGAAGGAUGCCAAGACCUACUAUGCUGAUGUCAAGGCCUACAAGACACGGAUUGCAACGCUCGAGAAAGACUUGAAGGACUCACGCGCGUCUUGUGAAGCGCUCGAGCACGAGCGCAAGCUCGACGAGCUCGGUGAGUUUGCCGUCAAGUACCGCAAGUUUAUUGUCGGCUUUGAGCCGACCGCGUCGCCGCCGAGCAGCGGAAAAAAACACGUACGGCAAGUCCAAGGUCAAGAACCGCAAGUCGACGAGCAAGGAUGA